CAGCCUUGCUCAGGAGAUCGCGCUUGCGAAGCUUCCCAACUGUCGGCACGCAGCGAGGACUGCUUCCCACGCAAAUCGUUCCUACCAGUGUCCAUUCCUGCCCUGCUGUCAGGCAUCAUGAUAGUUGUAACUUGAGAGCCACGAAUCGACAACAAGGCACGAGUUCCUAGGCUGUGCGACACCAUUCAUCUCGACAGAGCCGCCAUGGCGACUUCCAGCAGCAAGCGACAAUCGGUUCUCCCCCGAGCACCAGCUGGCCCGAAAGCACCCGUCAACUUCUCCUCGUCGCUCAUCAUAGCCGACUCUGCUGUUCUCCUCGGGCACCAUACGAUCAACAUCAGCUCAGAGUCCGUUGUCCAUCCUCGUGCCAAGCUCGACUCGUCGAACGGCAGGAUAACAAUUGGGCGGCGUUGCAUUAUACACGAGCGAAGUCUGCUAGGCGCUCCGUCCAAUGACAAAACACCGAUCGAUUCUCGAGACGGAGUAGUCCUUAGUGAUUACAUCACCGUGGACGUUGGCGCAGUGAUUGAGUCGGGUGGCACAAAUAUCGGAGAGUCCUCGACGAUUGGCGUUGGGUGCCGAGUGGGAAGAGGCGCGAAGCUUGGUAAGCAUUGUACACUCACGCCUAGGAGCAUCGUACUGCCUGGUGAACGUAUUCCGGACUUUACAGUCGUCUAUUCAAAUGGCACUAGGCGCACCGACAACCGUCGGGUGGCCGACCUGAAGCACAAGACGCAGGCGCGCCAGAUUGAUGUGUUGAGAAGGCUGAUUCCUAGUAAUCCCGCGAAGUUUCAAUGAUACCCAAAUGCUCUGUCGCCAACAAUGUGCUUCUCUUCUUGGAUGGCGUGCUGUACUGGCCGCGAAACAGCGUUGCUGAGCAAAAUGCGGGCAACAAUAAAAAAAUGUAACUCACCAAAAUGCUGCAAGUACAAGCUUUCUUUGCAAAGCAAUGGCGCAAACAGUGGGGCGGGCAUUGUGCUUGUUCACGAAGCGAGAUAGGAUCACCCGCAUCGUGCGAUUGUGCAACCAAAAUUACCGUCUGACCUGGACGUUCACCAC